GCGACACGCAGGCGGAGAACGGCGGACGGUCUCAGUCUUGCCCAACGUUCGCGAGAGUUCAAACGUACACAGUAACCCGUGCUCACAGUCUCGAAAAUGGCAAGAAGUGGUGUCACCGCGUUGAGUCUGGUCUGCAUGCUGGCCCUUCUGGAAUUCGGGUCAUGCUUGAGGUGCUACCAGUGUGUCUCGGAGAACACCAGGGACUGCGCGGCAGCUACGCCCCCGAAAAAUUUAAUAGUGGACUGCGCCACACAAGACUCUGUGAACUUCAACAGGCUGUAUUUAGGCGGCAUUCUGCCCCGUGACAUCGACGAUGGCGUGCUUGGAGCAUCCCGUUUCUGCCACAAGAUUGUCAUGAAGAACGGCGCCGUCGCCAGGACGUGCCUCGUCGGAGACGCUCAUAACCUGAACCUCAGCUGCACCCUCAUAGAGGGCGCCGCCCGCAUCUUCACCGACCCCGCCAAGCAGAUCCAGCACUGCAGCGCGUGCGACAAGGACGAGUGCAACUCCGCCGGCGCCGUCGCCGUCUCGCUCCCACUCGCCUUCCUCGGCCUAGUGCUCUCGUACUUUGUGUCUCAGCAAUAAUAAACAAAAUGGCAAACAAUGAUGGCUUGAGGUCCUAGCACCCUACGCUCACGCGCUCCUCCUGCAUUUGAGGGUGCCAAAAUUUCUGUGUGUCAGACUUAAAGACAUAUUAAAAGAUUACGAUUUGAUCUUACAGUUACACCAAGAAAAGUCUGCAGCGAUUUUGCUAGCCCACGCAGUGUAAGUGUUAUUUAUACGUCAUAAUUUCAUAGAAGUUUGAGGUUUAAAAUGACACUUGCACUGCGAGGGCUAUCAAAAUCGCUGCAGACUUUUCUCGGUCUGACUCUAGUACCUAUAGUAAGAAAUUUCAAAAUGAGAUGACCCUUUUAAAGAACGAAUGACAAUUUAAAUACGUAUUGUAUUACGUUUAUGUUCAUCUCAUCUCAUCGUUGAUUCCUAAACAAGUGUCUUAUAAAAGUUAUAAAGUAGUAAGAAAUGCUCUAGUUUGCUUCACAUUUAUUUUUAUUUAAUUAACACAACCCAAGUAAGAGCUUAAGAUAUGAAGUCUGAUACUACAGUAAAACAAUGUUUACAAGACUUAAAGUGAAAACAUAAGGCCUUUAGUAAAGGACUGUUCAAUAUCAUUGUUGUUUAUUUUGCAAUGUUAUACGUAGUUUUAAUAUAAUUUGUAGUUAUAGGACAUAAGCGUUCAUAAGAAUUACUUGUGUAAAGCUUUAGCUAUAGGGAAAAUAUAUAAAUAUAUUACUUACGUGACAUCGUUACUGAAAGAUAUCGAUUGUUUUCUUAGUGUCUAUGUACCUGGUAUCUGUAACAACUAUUUGAAUCUCAUAUUUAUCACCACACACACAAUAAAUACGUGUAUCAUAUAUAAGUAUUUUAAAAUUAAAUGUUACCUGUUAAAAGAGGUUUUAUUAAUUCAAUUUUAAAAUAAUAUUGAUUAGAAUCCAAACCCAUUUUAGUAUCAGUAUUUAUUUCAAUUUUUAACAUGUAAUUACACGUUUUUGAAGCAUUUCUUAUGUUUUAGGCCUGGCCGUCCUUGUAAGUUUAUUUUAAUAAAAGUUAAAAAUAAA